AUGGAUAACGACAAAGACUGUCCACAAUGCGGAUUCUGUUCGUCCACUGGCGCUCGCCUUCCUGAUGGUGUACCAUUUGGCAGAGCUGAUCAACUCCUUUCCUCUAACGAGCCUCCAAUGGACGGCGAGCGUGAACAAUUCGAGGAGAUCCUUUCCCAUGGCAAUGAAUGUCUUCGUUCCCUCAACCAGCGUAUUUCACAAGUCCGCCAUCUUUUGAAGCGACUCACAGCCGAGAGCAUUGCUAUUGAGCGCAAGCUUUCUAUAUCCAAGACUCUGAUGAAUCCAGUACGCAGGAUACCUUGCGAAGUUUUGGAGGAGAUUUUCUUGUGGGGCAUGGAUGACGCGAUGGAUGCAACCAUCGUCUGCCCUGCUGAUUCCCUUGAUGUACGAGAUUUCCUUUGGACGGUAUCUCAAGUUUGUUCGUCGUGGAGAGACUUGGCGUUGUCUAGACCCCACUGGUGG